AUGGCGGAUAGUCUUCUCGAUAACUACAACCCUCUCUAUGAUAUCCAUCUUCGUCAAUACUUUGCACUUCCCCAUAUGCAAAAACACCUGCAAAAAAUGGGAUUGCUCGAGUCGACGCUCAAUUUGAAUGGCGACGAAGUCUAUGCGCGUCACCACGCCAUGAUGGACAUGAUGCUCAAGAACAGAGAAGCACAACUUGUCAAAAUGGCUGAAUUACGCAAGAAGCUUGACGCCGCCGAGAAGGUUGAGUGUUGCCGACGCAUUCGGACCGGUCAAAGCCCAGAGUCAUACCGUCAAGGAAAACCGAGCCGAAGCUUGAGCAGAAACCGUGCUGGACAAAAAAUAAUAGCAGUGGUGGUCGUCAACGAGCGAAAUACUGAUCCGGUGGAGCAAAACACACGUGAUCCAUACAAGAGAUUGUCAGCAAAUGCAAAACGAUUCAAUUAUUUGCAUAAGCUUGAUGACAACACCCUUGUCGCUUACAAGGACAAUCUCAAGAAACAACUGCAACGACUUGAGCGUUUCCGUGAGAUCUCAUUUGGUCCACACUCGGUUGCACGUCAGCCACCACCACCACAGGCUUCGUGGUUCUUCCGACGAAGGUACGUGAAAUCUGAAUAG